AUUCCUUUGUAUAAAAUGCAAAUGUUUUAAAAUCAGUUUCUUUCCGAACAAAGCGAUACAUAUAUACCUUCGUCUUAUCUUUUUGCAGCAAAUUAUUUCUGUAUUUUAGUUAUACCAUAAUAUCGAUCGUAUUCAAUGUAUUGUAAUUCAUUCGUGGUCUUUAACGGACCGAAUACCAAAUACCGAAAUCCAAUACCUCCAUCCGUUCUUCUACCGCACGACGGUCAAGUACAUGCAUGACACAUACAAGGUGAAGGUAUGGGGCCUCUUGAGCGGUGCAAUGCGGGUGACGAGAAAUUCAGUUUUGCUAUGACCGUUGGCUGGUAGACAGGCCUGACUGGCUCGCGAGAUAGUCUUGAUAAAACUCUUGAUAGUCGCGUAUUGCGUAUCGUGAAACAGAAAUUUCUUUUCUUUUUUCUUUGAUCUUUAUAGUGGAAUAACAUGGAAUUUCGCACGUUUGUCAUGAUACUUUUGUGUGCAUCAUCAUACGCCGAAGAAAAAUCCAAAAAUACUAAAUCGGUUAUUAAUGACGAGUCUAUGCGAACAGAUGAACCUCCAGAGGGAUAUUAUGCGUUUGUCGAAUCACCGAACGCGGAACCACCUAGAGUUCGGCCACCGCCCUACAUUGACAGUGAUAAAGAAUGUCAUGAUAGCAAUAAGCAUGAAAAAGGAUUCGUUUCGAUAUAUAAUAUCUGCGGAGAUUUGAACAAAGGCUACAUUCCGCGGAAUCCAAUGAAUCAAUAUGUAAACGGCUCAUCGUAUCCUUUCGCCCUGAUAAAGAACCAUACUCUUAAAUUCCUGAGCAAGGCGUUACCGAUUCUCAAGGCUGACGAUUCGCUACCAAAAGUCGCCAAAGUGCAUCCAUUGUCACAAAAUUCCGUUGAUACGGAUGAAGAAGAGAAACAUGGUAGAAGUAAAAGAUCUAGUCUGUUGAAUUCAACUUUAGCCAUGGAGUCCAAUCGAAAUGGUCGCAAGUUUUGUGAAAAUGGUAGUGGGGUAGUGUGCAUGUUGUAUAAGGCAAUUCAAGGCGAGCCGAUCACGCCGUCGGCAUCGGCUAUCGAACGUCGGGAUGAACCUUCAACAUCCGAUUAUCGACGAGGAGAACGCGUACCAUCGCAAGAGAAAACGGAAUACACGGGUCCACCGACGCCAUGUCCGGCCAAAGUCGAAUACGCGACUCCAGUUUUCGCCAAGAAUUACCAAGGUGUCUGGAGAUACGUGGUACAGAUACCCUACGAAGGUUACUUUACGCAGACGAUCGAACUCACCAGAUGCAUGCAAUCGAGAUGCCAUUACUUGGACGGUGGAUGCUUAUCAUCGCCGAGAUGGACGAGUUUAUUGGUCGCUGAAAUAUUUUACCCAGAUACGUUCUUAGAGGAAAAUCAAGGGACUGGCACUUCCGGGUCUGGUACUCGAGAUUCAGUUACCGGGUCACCACCACCAGUUCAUGAUUUUCAGAAUUAUCAGCAAUAUUUACAGAAACGGGCAAACACGGGCGAGGCGAGUAACAAUGGUGGCACUCAACAACAUCACUGUGACGGUGUCGACGAAAUGGGUUGCUUCCAAGUACGGCUAUAUUACGAUUGGUUCUUGGUACCAGGAAGCUGCAAAUGCUGGCGACCGGAUUACUUUAAUCGAUACGUCCGUCGCAGCGGUUCUAAUGUCGAAUUAUGAUGAGUUUUAUUUAAACCGAUUUUAUAUUCCAACAAGAUAUUGCAUCAUUUUACAAGCGAUUAUUUCAAUCCUUGCUACACGAGCAUACCAAGUUGGAACAACCCUAAUCAGCGGUCGCAGAUUGCGGCCCCGGUAGCAUACGGUCGCAUGGGGAGGGGAUGAAGACUAAGGGCAAGAACCAAUCAUAUACUGAGCACUCACUUAUUCUUUAGUAUGUCCUUGCCCUUAAGGUGGAAGCACAUAAAAUUACAGGAGCCAUAAGACAGAAUGCAGAAGCCAUAGCGCAUGCGCUAUGGUAUUACUUUAUCUGUCCAUGGCAAAAUGUAAUACUAUAGCGCAUGCGCUAUGGCUUCUGCAUUCUGCCUUAUGGCUCCUGUAAUUUUAUGUGCUUCCACCUUUAGUCUUCAUCCCCACGCGACCGUAUGCUACCGGGGCCGCAAUCUGCGAUCGCUGACUCUAAUAGCCAAAUGCUAGCAGUAUGCUGACAAUAUGUCAGCAAAUUAAAACAUGCAUAUCAAACAAAUUCUUGUCCACUGCGUCCUCAUUAAGCUUAUUUUCUGACAACAUGAUUUACUGUCAUAAUGCAACAGUAGAAAUGCAGUAAAAACUAUGCACGAUAUGAUGGCAGACCUAUCUUCACAAUAUGAUGGUAAAAACAUCGUAAGAAUAAAGGCACGACUUAUGAGUUAUUGACAGCAAAAA